GUCACAUCGAACGUUCGAUAGAUACAGCUCGACAUCACUUUUGCUCUCGUUUUCAUUUUCUCAGCUGGUUAUUUCUUCAAAAUGUAAGUUAAAAAUUAAAAUUUUUUUUUUAAUUUUAAGUUUUAUAUAGUUGUUUGCAUAGGUCUCAACAAACAAACGCUGCUCAACUAAAAAUAAUGGUGGAAUAUAUGGAGAAGCACGACACAUUAGCUAAAAAUAGCUUACAGAGUGCAGCUAAUGGCCGUUCGAAAAGGAAAGAGUUAUGGGAUAAGCUGACGGAACUGUUAAACAGUAACGGACCUCCCAUGAAGCCAACAAAAGCAUGGCAGAAAGUAUGGACUGACUACAAAUAUAAUGCAAAACGCAAGCUUACCCAGCGCAUGAAAAGUAUAACAAAAACGGGUGGUGGUCCAUAUGAUGCGGUUUCAUUGAACCAUAUGGAGGAACGAAUAGUUGCCGCAGCCAAAAUAGGCGAGCACAUAUCGGGAGUACCAGGCGCAACAUCAUAUGGUUGCCAUACAGAUGGACCCAGCUGUUCUACUGCGGCUCCUCAGGCAGACGAUAAUUUCGUUUGUGAAUAUUUGGCCCAAAUCUCGAGCGCCGAUAAUACUUCUAGUGACGACGAGGGCUAAACAUCAAGGAAGUCUGAGCCCCCAAAAAUUAGUAUACGCCAGGAAGGGGAAAUCGACGAAGUACAACCUGCUAAAACAAAAAGAUGUUCAGACCCCAAAAUCCAAAUCAUUGAAAAAGAGAUUGAAAAGCAAGAAAAAUUUCAAAAUGAAGUGCUGAGGCUUUUCGAAGAGAGCAAUGAAAUCGCAAAGAGGAAACUGCAACUAAAGGAGACACAAAUUGCAACUGAACUGCAAUAUAAAAAAAUGAAGAUUCAAGUCUUAGAGCUAGACUUGGAAAAACUGAAAUGUGAAAUCGCAUUGCUAAAACGUAAAAUGAAUAAUUAAUGAGUUACUUUAUGUAUGUGAUAACUUUAAGCUUAGUUUUUUACCUUUUAUAAAAAGAAAGACUGAUACCUGAGA